AUGAAGCAAAUCGGUGAAGCAACUCCAGCAUACGUCGCCUACCGCAAGCUCAAGACUAUCCCCAAGAACGCUCCGCUCUUCGACCGCACCAUCAAUGGCGGUGCUGUCGUCCACGAAGGCGAGAUCUUCUGCCGACUCCCAGGCCUAGGCAGCCGCAUCUGCGGUGCCAAGUGCGGCAAGGACCAGGACCACCUACCAUACCACAUGGAGCAAAUGACGGAGCCAAUGAUAAAGGCGCCAUCCGAGGACAAGGUCCACGCAGGAAGAAAGGAAGCAUUCUACGACAACGUCCUGAUGAAGGAUGGAGACUAUCCCGGCAAGCCGAAGGAGCGCAAGCGGGAGGCGGAGGAUGACGACGAAAGCGACUCAAGUGGCGAUUCUGGGCGACGCGAACUGAAGAAGUACAAGGUCUCCGACAUCCCUGAGUUGGAGGACAAGGAAGUGAGGGCGAAGACAGAACUUGCCAGAAUCCAGCACCGCUUGGCUGUUCUCAAGCGUCACCAGGCUGCCAAAGGAACUUAA